GGGACUACGUCGACGUGAGAGUCGUCCUGCGGCAUCCUCCUCACCCAGAGUUGUAAAAGUGAAUCACAGCGGGCCCCCCUCGGACGGCUUCGGUGAGACUGACCCGUUCCAUCCGCGUGCCGUCCGCCGCGAGCUGGAUCACGUGGAAUUCGGGGCAUCGCGUCCCGACGAGAGCCAUCGUCGUCCGUCGACGCGAUCCCCGUCGCGCGCCGCGUCGCGUUCUGGACGGACCAAUCCCUUCACUCGGUACAACCAAACGACGACAUGAACCGGCACAAUGUCGUCAUCAUGUCGUCACGAUUCUCAACCUGCGUGUGCCCCCCCCGUGUCGUCGGGUCACACCGCGUCGCGUCGUGAGCCCCCCGCCGACGUCAUGUGUGCCGUGUGCGUCGCCCUGGGACGAUGUGUGCGCUUCGCGUGCGCCCCGCGCGCGCCCGCGCGCUUCGAGCACCACCGACCGCUGCGCGCCGUGCCCGCGCGUCCAUUCGGGUCGCUUCCCCCGCGCGCGCCGUGAGGCGGCGGCGCUUCUUUAUUUUAUUACGAUUUGUUUGACAUUUAAUCACCUCACUCGACGCCUGCCCCGCGCGCCGCUGGCAUGUCCGACCGCGCCGCGCUCGAUCGUGAGUUUCAACGUCUCGGCGACGCGUUCGCGGACCGCGCGCGAGGGUGGGAGACUCGUUUCUUGACCCCACCGGGGGCGUAUAUCCACGUGAGCAAACCCGCGUGGGGAGACGAAUCGAUGGAUGGCGUACACCUCGAGGCGUACGUUGACGACAGAGGAUGCGCGUGCGUGGCGCUGCACUGCGAAAAGGGCAGUCCAGUGCGCGAUCGGAGGGCGUGCGUUCGAGCGCUCGCGGAGCGAGUGGGACCCGACGUCGAGGCGUGGGACUCGACGUCGACGCCGUGGACCAUCCUCCCGUACUUCAAACACCCCAAAUGUCCAGUAUAG